GUAUAUACUGAAUUGCGUGUGUAACCUGUGCGCUACGUGCUGCAUAUCAAAUACGUUUGCUUUAGCGCAACUACACUCGUCGGCAGGGACUUGCAUGCAAACGGCAGCUUUCCUGCAGUAAAUAAGACAUGGGACGCGGGCAGAAGCGCUCCUGGGGCGGAGGCGGCGGCCGCGGCGGCGGCCGUGGAGCCAACGAGUGGAAGCAGGACAAGCGGCCCAAGGCUCAGCAAGAGUACCUUGGUCGCAAUGACAUGUCCAACGCGGCCUUCGAGGAGUACUACCUGGCUCAGAACAUCGUGCCGGAGGGCGAGUGGGGCGCCUUCCUGGCAGCCCUCAAGCGGCCGCUGCCAGUCACCUUCCGGAUCAACGGCUCGGGCCGCUUCGCCGACCAUUUGCGCGACCGCCUCACCUCUGACUUCUUUGCGCAGUUUGGAGACGGCAACCUGCGGGUGGAUGAUGAGCCGGUGGUGCCCCCCCGCAGCCUGCCUUGGUACCCCAACGGCUACGCCUGGCAGCUUGAGUUCAGCCGCAACCAGCUGCGCAAGCUGCCGCUGCUGGAGGACAUCCACAAGUUCGUGGUGGCGGCCAAUGACGCCGGCAGCAUCAGCCGGCAGGAGGCGGUGUCCAUGGUGCCGCCGCUGUUCCUGGACGUGCAGCCGCACCACAGGGUUCUGGACAUGUGCGCGGCGCCCGGCUCCAAGACCUUCCAGCUGCUGGAGGCCCUGCACGCCGGCAGCCGCCCCGGCCAGACGCCGCCCGGCUUCGUGAUGGCCAACGACGCCGACUUCAUGCGCUGCAACCUGCUCACACACCAGACCAAGCGCGUGUGCUCGCCCUGCCUGCUGGUCGUCAACCACGACGCCUCGCGCCUGCCUGCGUCGCUGCUGCCGCCGCCGCUGCCGGAGGGCGGCAAGCCGCCGCGGCUGGAGGUGCGGUUCGACCGCAUCCUGGCGGACGUGCCGUGCAGCGGCGACGGGACCAUGCGCAAGAGCCCCGACAUCUGGCGCCGCUGGAACCUGAGCGGCGGCAACAGCCUGCACCCCAUACAGCUGCGCAUCGCGCUGCACGGAGCCAAGAUGCUCGAGGUGGGCGGGCGCAUGGUGUACAGCACGUGCACCUUCAACCCGGUGGAGGACGAGGCUGUGGUGGCGGAGCUGCUGGUGCGCUGCAAGGGCGCGGUGGAGCUGGUGGACGUGGCCGACUGCCUGCCCGACCUGCGCCGCAUGCCGGGCAAGCACGCCUGGAAGGUCAAGGACCGUUACAGGUUCUACGACACCUGGGAUGAGGCCAAGGACAUCUGCUACAAGCUGGAGGAGAGCAUGUUCUCUACGCCCGAGAAGGCGCAGCUGCCGCUGGAGCGCUGCAUGCGCUUCCUGCCGCACCACGGCGACACGGGCGGCUUCUUCGUGGCGGUGCUGCGCAAGGUGGCCGAGCUCCCCCACGAGGUGGGCGGCCCCAAGCCCGCGGCGGCGGCGGCGGCGGCAGCCAAUGGCGCUGAGGCGGAAGCGGCGGACGAGGCGGCAGAGGAGGCGGUGGACGAGGCGGCGGCGGCGGCGGGCGACGCGGCGGCGGCGGGAGCGGAGGACGGCGAGGGCGCCGAGGGUGGCGACGCUGACGCAGCUCAGCCUGACGCCGAGGGCGAGGGCGCGGAGGCGGCGGGGUCCGCGGUGCCCGCAGCCACGGCGCAGGAGCAGGAGGCGGAGGCAACGCCGCUGGACGCGGCGCGGUCGGCAGCUGAGGCGGCGUUGGCGGCGGCGGAGGCGGCGGUGGCGGCGUAUGAGGCAGGCAACUGUGACGGGGCGUCCCGCGCCGCCGCGCACGCCGACGCCUGCGCGCGGCGAGCGGCCACGGCGGCGGCGCCGAAGCGGCAGCAGCGGGAACCGCGGCAGCAGGGCGGGCAGCAGCAGGGGGGCCGAAAGGGCGGCAAGGGCGGCGCCGACGGGGCGGCGAGGCCGGAGGGCGGCGAGGCCGAGGGCGAGGGCGAUGAGGAGGCGGGGACGACGGCGCAGCUGGUCAACGUGUCGUGGGUGCGCGGCGGCGGCGGUCGGGGGCGGCCUGCGGGCGGCAAGUUCGCCUACCUGGACCCGGUGGCGCCGCUGGAGGACGAGGAGACGCUGAGCACCCUGUUCGAGUACUACGGCAUGCCGCAGGACUUCCCGCUGAGGAGCCAGCUGAUCAUGCGCAGCCUGGACAAGACGCCCAAGCGGCUGUACUUUGUGGCGAGGUCGGUGCGCGAGCUGCUGCUGGCGGACAGCAAGGAAGUGCUCAAGGUCACGUCCACGGGGCUCAAGGUGUUUGAGCGGCAGGUGAUCCGCGAGCAGGUGAACGAGUGCGCCUACCGCCUGGCGCAGGAGGGGCUGCCGCUGGUGCUGCCCUACAUCACCAAGCAGCGCCUGGAGCUGCCGGCGCCGCUGCUGCUGGAGCUGCUCAACCACCGCAACCUCAUCCUGCCCGGGGGCGGAGAGGGGGACACAACCGAGAAGGGCGCUCCCAAGGGCGUGAAGCCGGUGCUGUCGGACCCCGCCGUGCUGGCCGCCCUGGAGCCGCUCAAGCUGGGCUGCGUGGUGUGCGAGCUCGCCGCCGCUGACGCCCGCGCGCUCGGGUUCGCCGCGCCCGCACACGCCACCGCCAGCGACGCGCGCGCCCUGGCGGAGAGCGGCGCCGCCGCCGCGGCGGCAGCGGCGGCCGCUGCCGCGGCUGCGCCGUCUGGCGACGGGGCGGCGGAGGUGACGGGUGGCCUGGCAGCAAACGCGCCGCUGGCGGUGGUGGCAUGGAAGGGCAAGGCCAGCCUGGCCAUCAUGGUCGAGAAGGCGGAGUGCCUGCAGAUGAUUGACAAGCUGAGUUCCGAGCUGCAGAAGCAGAAGGAGAUCAUGGCUUCGUCGUAACGCUUCAUGUAUAAAAGACUUCGCCUGACGGGUUUGAAUUUGUUGACCAUUUUGACUAGUGCCAUUGACCGAUACUGUUUGUGCCAUCACCAUUUCGAUGUCUGGGUAGUUGGACAGCAAUCAUUGUUGAUGUGGUGGCUGUUGAGCUCAAGGCUCGCUACAACAGCUUGAGCUGGUUGCGACACGACAGUCCGCAAGCACUGCCCCCUGACCAUGUAAGAAUCAAGAGGUGUGCGUAAAGAUUAUCUAGCAAUGCCGCUUGGACAGGGCAGCAGUACCGUACUAGUUGGCAGUAGCCCGCGCCUCCAGCCAGCUCCAGCAGCUGAGGGGUCGCUGGUCGCAUCCCUGGACUCGAGCGCUGAAGGCGGGCACAGUCGUGGGCACAGUCGGGGCAGCUGAAUUGCAAAGGCAGAGCACUGCGAGGUGUGCGAGACGGAGGUGCUGCGCUGCAUGGGUGCGCUUGAUGGUACACCGUGAACUGUCAAGUAAGCGGCUGAGCCUCCAUGCAACAACGGCCCGCACAGUUAGAACUCUCAGA